UGAGCUGUGUUUGUUGGUGCUGUGAGCGAAGAUGGCGGAUACGGUGGGAGGAGGGAUGGAAGAGAGAAAAGAGACGGAGACUGAGGACAAGGAGAAAGAAAAACAAAAACCAACACAGACUAUUAAGACAGUGUUGGGGAAACUGAGCAGCACCCCUGCGAUCACUGAAACUCUGGGCUUUUAUGAGAGGAACGUAAACCAGGAGAGGAAAAGAAGCCUGUCAGAUCUUUCGUUACUGAGGUUCAUAAGUGCUGAGCUGACAAGGGGAUACUUUCUGGAACACAAUGAAGCCAAGUACACAGAACGGAGAGAAAGAGUUUACACGUGUAUGCGGAUACCUAGAGAACUAGAGAAGUUAAUGCUUUUUGGAUUCUUUUUGUGCCUCGAUGCCUUUUUAUAUGUCUUCACUCUCCUUCCACUGCGAGCCAUCCUGGCCCUGGUCAGGCUCAUCACCUUUCCAUGCUGUGGACUCAACGGCACUUGUCUGUUACAGCCUGCCCAGGUAUGUGAUGUCCUAAAGGGCUUUAUAAUAGUCAUCUGCUACUUCAUGAUGCACUAUGUAGACUACUCCAUGAUGUACCAUCUAAUCAGAGGGCAGUCUGUCAUCAAGCUUUACAUCAUCUACAACAUGCUGGAGGUAGCAGACCGUCUGUUCUCAUCCUUUGGGCAGGAUAUUUUGGAUGCAUUGUAUUGGACAGCAACCGAACCUAAAGAAAAAAAGAGAGCACACAUUGGACUGAUUCCUCAUUUCUUUAUGGCUGUGCUUUAUGUGUUCCUUCAUGCCAUUCUUAUAAUGGUCCAAGCAUCAACUCUCAAUGUAGCCUUUAACUCCCAUAACAAGUCAUUGCUUACCAUCAUGAUGUCAAAUAAUUUUGUGGAAAUAAAAGGGAGUGUUUUCAAGAAAUUUGAGAAGAACAAUCUGUUUCAGAUGUCAAAUAGUGAUAUCAAAGAGAGAUUUACAAAUUACGUACUACUGCUGAUAGUGUGUCUGAGGAAUAUGGAACAGUUGUCAUGGAACCCAGAUCAUCUUUGGGUUUUGUUUCCUGAUGUCUGUAUGGUAAUUGCCUCUGAGAUUGCUGUGGAUGUAGUCAAACAUGCUUUCAUUACAAAGUUUAAUGACAUUACAGCUGAUGUAUACAGUGAAUACAGAGCCAGUCUUGCUUUUGAUCUUGUAAGCAGUCGACAGAAAAAUGCAUACACGGAUUACAGUGAUUCAGUGUCCAGGAGAAUGGGUUUCAUUCCUCUUCCUCUAGCUGUGAUACUAACCAGAGUCAUCACAAGUUCUGUGAAAGUACAAGGUUCCUUGGCUCUCAUCUGUGCACUUCUCUUCUAUCUGGGGUUAAUAACACUCAAAGUUCUGAACAGCAUAGUGUUACUUGGAAAGUCCUGUUUGUAUAUUAAAGAGGCCAAGAUGGAGGAAAAGCUGUUUCAGACUCCACCAGCCACCACACCUGGGAAACCACCCAACAAGUCAAAGAACAAAUUCCAAGCUACCCCUGGCAUUUCAACAGAUGACCGUCUGUCCGCAUCUAUCACCAGUCAGCCUGUUCACCAGUCAGAGCGCACAUCCCCUCUGCUCCCAAACAGCAACUCUGACCAGUUUCUCACAACCCCAGAUGCAGAAGAGAAGGACAUAACGCAAGAUGGGUUGGAGCUCAAACACAGAGCUUCAAAAAAGGAUCUUCUAGAGAUAGACAGAUUCACAAUAUGUGGAAACCGGAUUGACUGAUGCUUUCUGCUUCCCAUCAAAACUGCUCAGGAGUUUUUAGCAUGGCAAACAAUAUACUGCCAACAACGUCAAUUGCCAAAGACGGCAUUAGAGUAUUUCUUGAAAUACCAAUAGUUUAUUGUUGACUGAAAUAUAAACAUUGUGGGUUUGUAAAUGAUUUGAAUCAAAAAACAAAAACACCAGCUUGGUCUGGCUCGUCCAUACGACUGAAUGAACUUCCGAAGGGAGUGACGCUUUAAUCCAGUCAGCAAGAUAAAGGUAAUGUUUUGAAGAGGUGUAUCCAGUAAAAGCAUGCACCGUUUUUCAAAAGGCCUUGUCUGGGAUACUGAGAAAAAAAAAAAAAAAAAAAAAAAAAAAACGUAUUUGUUUAAAAAGUGAUGCUGACUUCCCAACAGCAUAAAUGCAUUUAAACCCUCUUUACAUGACUAUAGAACACUUACCUGGUAAUUAUUUUACAAAGAUCUGCAAUUAGAGCCUUUGUGGCAUUGCUGACAUUGAUUGUAACCUGUUUUUCUCUGUAGCUUUUGACUGAGAAUAGUACAAAAUAUAACAUGGUAUUACACUGUAAGGAAUAGUUGGUUUAUUUAUUUAUUUAUUUAUUUAUUUAAUAUAUACACAAAUGAAAGAGAAUUUCCUGGUUACCUGAAUUUUUUUACAUUGAGUUCAACACAUUUUUCUAAUGAAUGCCUAGAUAAAGUAGAAGGAACAUUUAUUGUUGCUGUUUGCUAUUGUACUCAGUUAUAAGCCUUGUUGAGAGAAUAUGAAUAUUCAAGAAACCCUGUAUAGGCAGAUAAAUAUAAUUGUUGCUUAUUUCUGCUUCAUGAAAAGAUAGUGUUUGCAUACAUACAUACUUUUCAUUUUUUGCAUUGAAUUACCACACUGUCUUAAGUUUUACUUUAUACAACAGGAGUAUAUUUCCCUCAAGUGCUUUGUAACACUGGGUUUCUAAGCUGGGUUUGAUCUAUUCCAUCUUGUGACAAUGUUUAAAUCAUACACUGAAAAUUUCUGAAGAGAAAGGUGCCUGUUUUUAAGUGAACAAGGAACCCUUACAAGUUUGUGUAAUUACAUUGCAUUAGAAUGUACUGCCCCAGCUCAGCAGAGGAUGAUCAGGUUGUGCACAAUUUUUUGCUAGAACUGUUUUACCAGUGAUAAAAAAUACAGGGUCAUGCAGCUUCAUUGUUCACACCAAGUAAAGGUAAACCAAGGUUUUCUUUUAUAAAUCAUGAAGUGAUUUAAGAUUUCAAGUAAUACAGGAAAGAAAACCAUCAUUUUAAGGUUUACAACAUCUCAAUUUAGCUUUAAAGAAUGGCAUUUUAGUUAAUGCAAAAGGCAUUUCUUACAUAUCAUGUUCUUUCUGCCAGAUCAAUAGGCAGAUACACAAACACAGAUAUUAAAAUGUAUUUACUUUUUUAAAUUAAUUUCUAAGCUUCUAUUUUUCUUCUAGCUUAACUUGCCAAAAUGUUUGCAUUUACUAUACAUCAAUCAUAAAAUGAUGAAAAGAACUGUUGUAUUUUUAGCAAGUUUUAGGUAGCAUUUUGUGCUUGAAAUUAUGUAGUAAAUACCAACAUUUUUGUACAGUUUAAAGAGAAAGUUUGUGUUGUAAACAAAACCAGUUUUCUUUAGGAUAAAUAAAUAAAUAAAUAAAUAAAGAUUCUUCACCUUUGUAACAAAUGCAUUCAUUAGGGGGUGAUGAUGAAAUAAAAGUGGUUUUAUAA